AUAGACACAUUUCAAGCCCGUCCAGUGCAAACAACGUGAGCCCAGCAUUCGAGAAGCUCAGGAUUGAGGACCGGGUGCCAAUUCAACGCACACAAUCGGAGCUUGUCGGCAUGACUAGUUAUAACCGUGAGAAGCCGAUUAAAGUUUUGGACUCUGCAGGGCUCGAGCAGGACUGCAUUGCAGUUGUGGAUACUCUAGCUGACAGCUCCUGGAUAUCUCGCCGCCGUCUGUAUGAGCUAGGUUACAGUAAGAAUACCUCGCGAAGAGGGAAAAUCACCAAGCUCGGCGAUGGUACGCUCGUCAGAUCGCAAGGAACAGCACAGCUGUCGUGGAGAAUGUCAAAUGGACUCUUAAUGCGAGAUCAUGAAUUUGAGAUGCUGCCCAACAAUGAUAUUGAUAUCAUUUUCGGAGAUGAUAUUAUCCGGAAAUAUGAUUUGGUGGUUAUCAACUGGGAAAAUCUUUGUCCUUUGGUAACAGCUCAAGAACACGAGACGCCGGGUAAGCUUGAAUGAACAUUUUGUCCCUAGCAACGAACAGCUCGCGAAGAAGAAGAAAGGAAGCAGAAAGAAGGAGAGAGGAGCUCAGAAGCUAGAAAGAGUAGGCAAGAUCAAAGAAGGAAUGAGGGUAGGAGGCAGUGACGAAGGAAUUAAAGUAAGCUGGUGUCUUGGAGAACUAGUGGCUUCUACUCUUAUGCACUCCUCCUAUUACAACAAUAAAUGCAAAUUUGAAGACAUAUAUCA